AGUUUUAUUUCUCAGGGGCCGCUACCAGGUGGGUGCUUUCAAAACCUUCCUGUUUUUGUGUCAGUUUAAGAUGAUUUGAUCAUUGCAUGAUUACAUCACAGAAACAUUUAUGAAGCUUUUGAACUAUGAGUAGGUUAUAUCAAGAAAAAAAAUAUGCGUAAAAUAAGAUAAACAGGUUCAUGGCAACCCUGAAUUCGAUUCAAAACAUCGUCCUUUUUAGGAAAAAACUUUGCCCAUAUCUUAACGGUUAGAACGAGCCUCAACGGUGAGAGUAUAUGGACCUGUGUGUGUUUUUGCGCCCCUCCUCCUCUCCUCAAGUGAAAGCCGGCGGUGAUCAUUACUGGCGCUAAGCGCGUUCAACUGGAGAGACGCACCAGGAGCGCCAAGGCGCAAACACAGCAAGAGCCAAGAUGUCAGUGGAAAGGAUAUUUGACGAGUAUGGACAUUUCAAAAGGUUCCAGGCUUGUCUGUAUUUCGCUGCAGUCUUCCAGGCCAUAGCAUGUGGAAUCCACUACCUUGCCUCGGUUUUCCUGGUCGAGACUCCAAAUUUUGUGUCCAUCGUGCCAGGCAACAUCACCGAUGUCCUGUAUGGCAACGCUACAGGAUCUACUCUGGAAAGUAUCUUACCUCUCAUCAAACCAGCUGGUGGCCCCUUGGUGGUUAGAACAUCUGAGGGGGAACAGUGGGAGCUCAGCCAAUGCAGCUGCGAUCUGCGUAUCGCCCCUCAGAACUUUACAUAUGACUUUAAUGGCAACAAAACCACCAAAGAAUGCAGUGGGAACUUUGUUUACGACCACAGCGAAGUUUACCAAAGCAUUGUGACAGACUGGGACUUAGUCUGUGAAAAGGAGUGGUUAGCCAAGCUUUGCCAGCCAACCUUCAUGCUUGGAGUGCUGGUUGGAGCAGUGCUGUUUGGGGAUAUUGCUGACAGAUUCGGUCGUGUGAAGAUCAUGAUGCUCACAAGCCUGUGUCAGUUUGGAUUCGGGGUCGCUGUGGCGUUUUCCCUGAACUACUACUUUUUUGUGGUGCUUCGCUUUCUGCUCGCCAUGGUGUCCAGCGGCUACUUGGUUGUUGUAUUUGUGUAUGUGACGGAGUUCACUGGCAGCAAGGUGCGAACAUGGACCUCCAUGCACAUCCAUGCAGCCUUUGCUGUCGGCAUCAUGGUGGUGGCUCUGACCGGUUACCUAGUCCGAGUUUGGUGGAUCUACCAGAUCAUCCUCUCCGUAUGCACCUCACCCUUCCUGCUCUUUUGCUGGAAGUUCCCUGAGACGCCUUUCUAUUUAAUGGCCAAGGGUCGUUACAAGGAGACUCAAGCCCUGCUGGACAUGAUAGCCCGCUUUAACGGGCUUGAGUGUCGACUUAAGGCGGAGGAUCUCCUGGAGCCGGCGAAGUUGGAGAACGGCAAACCUCUGCUAGAGAAGGAGGGAGAGGAGAAGCCUGCGCAGUCAGAGAAGAAGCUAUCCUUCCUGGACCUGUUUGGCAGCUGGAGGAUGGUGGGCCGUACAUGCACAGUGUGGGCCAUCUGGUUCAUUGGCAGCUUGGGCUACUAUGUGUUCUCUCUAGGCUCAGUCAAUCUGGGAGGAAACCAGUAUGUCAAUCUUUUCCUGGCAGGUGCAGUGGAACUCCCCUCUUAUCUUAUUGGCUGCUUUGCAAUGGACCGGAUUGGAAGGAAGAAGACUUGUGCUCCAGCUCUAAUCCUGGCUGGGGUUGCCUGCAUGCUCAUUAUCGUGGUCCCUGCUGACAUAAACGCUCUGGCUGUGGCUCUCAGUAUGAUUGGAAAGUUUGCUGUGGCAAUUGCCUUCGGUCUAAUCUACCUGUACUCUUGUGAGCUUUAUCCAACUGUCAUCAGGUCCCUGGCAGUAGGUACUGGCAGCAUGAUGUGCCGUGUUGGCAGUGUGGUGGCUCCUUUCUGUGUUUACCUGGCUGAUGUCUGGGUUUAUCUACCUCAGCUCAUUGUGGGAAUCCUGGCAUUCAUCAUUGGUGUGUUGACCUUGCUCUUACCUGAGACGUUGGGCAAACCUCUACCCUCCACCUUGGAAGAGGCAGAAGCUCUUGGACGUGACCCCAGUAAGAAGAAGUCAGCCACUGAUAAAGAUGCAGAGGAUGGGAUGGAGCUGAGCAAACAUGAAGCUAAGGCCUGAGCUUUUAUGCUGCUUGGAAACCAGGGCAAAAUUUUGGAGGAAAAAUAAACUGACGAAUGAGAGACAAGCAAACAAUCACAGGUUUAAUGGAUUGAAAAAAAAAAAAUAAA